AUGGAGGACGGCAUCCAACAACUGGGACACUGCAUGGUUGACAUGAAGGAGCUGAGUGCCAACCCUGAAGGACUGACCGCUGCCGGUGUUAUUCUAACACCCAAGCUGCCUCAAGUGGACUUCAGCCUCGCCUGUAAUGAUCUGGAGGCCUCAGGCAGAGACAGGAAGCCCAAUGCUUUGGUCCAGGUGGCUGUCAUAGAUCCCCACAAGCAGCACCUCAUCUCUCAUGCCUGUACAGAGAUAGUGGAGGCGAACAAAGACCCGCUGUUUCUGACGGGGAUGACCUUCCCUUCAGAGUAUCCUGCCAGCCCGGAGACACUAGUCAAGCUGAGUGUGUAUGAUGCAAAGGACAAGAGCCAGGAAUCAAGCAGCUUCCUGGGUAGUGCCACAUUUUCAGUAGGCGAUUUGCUGAGGGCUAAAGAUGAACGCCUGGCCUUGAGUCUCAGGUCAUCUGAUGGUGUGUGCACAGCGGGAACUGUGGUGGUGAGUCGUCUGAAGAUGGGGGAGAUGGAGGAGGUUGACAUAGACCACAUCACCACCGACAUACCGUCACAGAAGUGUCCCUUGGUUUGUGACUCUGCGUCCCAUGCCUGCAUCGACAGAGAAAACAACCCUCUGACAGGACCAGUGUUCAAGAACCCAGUAAGCAAGGUGUACAGAUUUCAAACUAUGGACAGCAAAUGGAUGCUCGUGCGGGAACAAAUGGAGGAGUGCACGUUGUCCUUUAGCAUCCCCAAACAACUGCUCUCACUGUAUAUCCAGGAGGACAUGAGCAGGGUGCAGGACCUGAGGGAGCUGGGGGAGCUUUCUCCACACUGGGACAACUUAAGAAAAGAGGUGAUCACACGAUAUGGAGGAAUCAUCAGCUCCUACCAGGAGACUUUGGCAGAACUGGACAAGAUUACUGGUUGCUCAUUCAAGCCAAGCUGCUGCAAAGCCCAGAAAUCUCUGGAGUUCAUCCCGAUAAACUUACACACCCAGAGGAUGAGGGUGACGUGUCCCAGAAAAACAGAUGCAUUCUAUGACAUUGUGACUGUCGGUGCCCCUGCAGCCCACUUCCAGGGCUUCAAGUGUGGUGGUCUGCAGCGUCUCCUUAGCAGAUAUGAAGCAGAGAAAAAGAGCUUCAGCACUGCCUACCAGUGUAUCUACUACUCUCCAGAGCACACAGCCAAAGCUCAGGAGGUACUCAGCACCAUGAGCCUCCUCCAGCCUCUCAUCACAAGUUUAGCGGACCAGCUCCUCCAGGCUGCCCAGGAGCACUCUUCCUCUGGACUGAGGGAUGCACUCAAGAACCUUUCUGACAAGACAGAACAAUUUGUUCACACACUUAAGGAUGAAUUGGUCAAGAGUGCACUACUAGCACUGCACGCAGCGCGCCCUGGGUACGUUUCCAAGAACCACACGCAAACCCCGGUGCAUCAAGGCUACAUCCACCAGAGUAGCGAACAGAGUCAGAGUCCAGUCCAGGGACUUCCAGGCCACAGUCCGGCUAUGUCAAUCACUGAGAGCACAGCAGUGUGUAAUAAUGUGGAAGGAUCGCAAACCAUGACAAGAGGAGAAGGUGGGCUUGUGAAGCACCAAGAGUCCAUACCGCACCAUAAAGAGUACGACGAGGAGGAAUGGGACAGGGUGUGGGCAAACGUGGCCAAAUGUCUCAACUGUGUAAUCGCCAUGGUGGAUAAAAUCCAGGAAGAAGACAACAACAAGCAAGAGCCAGUCACUGAGCAGCAGCUAGCUGAUGUCAUCACCUCACACAACCCCGGCGACUGGAGGGAGCAGCUGAAUCCUCUGGUGACCAGGUUAAAGGAGUGUGUAAUGGAGGUGGUGGAGAAGGCUAAGAGAGCCAUGACCUUUGUGCUCCUGCAGGAGGCAGCCUGCAGCAUUCCACAGGGCUUCCUCCUCCAACAGAGGCGAGAGGUGGUCUUCAGUCAGGCACUGGCAGCCUUAGCCUGUGGUUUUGUCAUGAGGCUGUAUGCAGGGAUGCAGGACAAAGGCUUCCUGAGACAGCUUCACCUGGUUGGCCUGGUGGCACAGUUUGAGAGCCUGCUCAGCACCUACAGUGACGAGAUUGGGAUGCUGGAGGACAUGGAGGUUGGAAUCUCAGACCUGCAGAGAGUCGUGUUCCAGAUUACAGAGGCCAAAUCAGAUGACCUCAAUGACCUUCAGCCUUUAGUGUGUGGCCGACGAGACCACUUCACUGUAGAAGUGCCAUUACCACGACUGGUUUUCCAGACCUUGCCAGAAGAGAUUAAAGAUGGAAAGCCUCUACGAGUAUUCCCUGUGCUGUUUAACGUGGGCAUCAAUGAACAGCAAACUAUAGCAGAGAGGUUUGGAGAUAUCUCUCUACAAGAAAGAAUAAACCAGAAGAACUUUGAGAUGUUAGAAGCCUACUACAAAUCGUUAAGUGAAAAGGUGCCACUAGAAUGUCUACCAUGUUUUCAGACACAGACUGACAUAAAGGAAUUACUUGAAACCCUGGGCCAGAAUGUAGUUACAAAGAAGAGAAAAAAUGUGGAGAUACUAUGGAUUGCUGGAACGAUCUGCCGAAGGUUAAAUGGCAUCAGGUUUACCAGCUGUAAAAGUGCCAAAGACCGGACAUCCAUGUCUGUCACAUUAGAGCAGUGUGCCCUCCUACGUGAUGAACACCAGCUCAACAAGGAUUUCUUCAUCCGUGCUCUGGACUGUAUGCGAAGUCGGCUGACCCAGGGAGACAUUGGGCAGUGGGAGGACCCUGAGGCUGGCGCCGUAACAGAGAACAAACCAGCGUCCCGACACUUUUACCCCAUUGCCCUGCUGCUCGUUAGCUCCCACUUACUGGUUGUGUGGCUCAUUUUAAGUCUUGUUUUUCUGCUUGCAAAAUAUCAAUAAAUUGCUGACAAUGCCA